AUGGACUUCGGACGCGAGGCGGAGUGGCUUGGUAUCUACACUGGACGCGAGACGGAGAGGGAUGGCACCUGCACCUGCGAGCCGUCCCAAAGCGGGCUGGGGAAUGACCCACUUCCAGUGGAUGACGGGGUGGAGGGCGAUGUGGAGGGCGAUGUGGAGGACGCGAUGGAUGAUGCACGGCCGUGCAAUAUUCAGCCGAUUGAUCGGGGAGGUUUCUGGGAAGGGGCACGGUUCGGCGAGUCGCAGGAUCUCUCGGCGGCCGAGAAGGCGCCGAGGCUUCCUGGUUCACCCCGCGUAGGAAUCGAAUAUGCCCAGUUCUCGGCGGACGCGUCCCUUCUUAGCCUAGCGUCUCUUGCAUUGAGCAGUGGAGUUGGAUCGAGUAAGGAAGCGUGCGCUGGGAAGUCGACGAAGGCAGAGCACGAUAUUCCUGACAACAACCCCAGACUUCAUAGUCCACCAAGAAACGAAAGCCUCAUUCCAUGCAAGUCAACCGGAGUGAGACCAGCCGCUCGCAAAACCUCCAUCUCGAACUGCCACGAAAUCGGCACCCCGCACGCAAGCGACCACCCAUCCGUCUCCGAAAGAAAGGCGGAGCGGACGCUGACCGGGAUGGACGAAGCUCGCUUCUCUAUCGGCAGCACGCUUCUCUAUCGGCAGCCCGAUUUUCAAUCGGCAGCCUCCAUCCACCUGGCCCGCAGCGCCACGGCUUUCCUCGUCCCAAAUGGACGGGAGCAUCCAUCCCCGUUAGGGCUCGAUUCAUUCCGCCUUCAUUCCCGUUAUUGA